CUCUAACCUUCUUACUGUAUGGCAAUGACCGACAAAUUCUUGAUCUUGUCCACAAGCACACUCCAAUCGCGUUUGCACGCCCCACAAACACAUCGUAUCGCAUCUCCGAACUCACAAGCAGGUAUUCAAGAGCUGUCACACAAUCUCCGUGUGCCUCGGCCGACUGGACCAGAGCACAAACGGGUGUCCUUGCGUCUUGAUCUCACGUAUAUGCUAGCGAUCCUGCGUAUACCCUCCCAGAACUACCAUAAACCGAGUGUCAUAUAUCAAGAAUAAAUCUCGCCUUCACAGCAUGGUCCGCGCCGCGGCACCUUCCGCUCUUCACGAACUUCGCAAUUCCACCAGCCCGGAAACACAAAUCAAUGCUCUCAAACAGCUCAAGAAUGAAAUAGUAGGCCAUGAUCAGCGCAAGGAACGUGUGAUACGGCAUGGAGGUGUUGCUGUAUUGGCAGUGAUACUUUCAAGGUCAAUGACCAAAGGGACAGGUACAUUAAGGAUUGCAGAUGGCAGCAAGUCACUGGCGGCAGGAUCGAGAGGGACAGAACCAGAUUGGAGCGAAAAUGAUGAGAUCAGGCUACAAAUCACUUUAAUUAUAGGAAGUCUAGCUCUAGCAGGACCGGCAUAUGUCCCGCCGCUGCUCAAUGGGGGCGUUGUGGAACUUGUCAUGGAGUUGCUGUCACCCUCGAAAAAUCCGUCGAAGCUGGUUGCUGCGGCAUUGCGGACUCUCAACGUCAUCGCGGACGUUCUGUCCCUGGAUCGACUAGUUGACACGUCUGAUACUAGUAGCAGAGCGCGAUUCCUAUCUUGCCUGUACUCGUCGAAGAGCGUCAUUGACAGCUUACAUGAGCUGUUGUCAAGACAGUACAACACUCUGGUGACCAGGACCGAAGUUUCGCUCACAGCACAGCUGAUUCACAAGACAUGCUCGAAGGAUGUUACCCAGCUUGCAGUAGUCAAGAGCUCGGUUAUGGACUCAUUAGCAUUCCAACUUGCUACAAGGCUUUCAAAUGUCAAUGCAGCCCAGGAUACUGUACUCGUACAUUUGCUGGAUGCUAUUAGUACGGUCAUGGGGCACUCAAACUACCGCAGAGCUAGAUUUCUUUACUCAAACGCUAUCAGUGGCCUCACACCAAUCCUCAAAUCCCCCUUUUCUGGAUGCAGUACAAAUGGCAACUCAGCCCCGGAACACGCUUCUCACACAGCUGUCACGCCCAAACCCAUAAACCAGGAUCAGCUAGGUAUACCAAAUAUCCCCAGUACUCACUCUAAGCCCCCUGUUCACCCAGAACUUCUUUCGGAUCCGGUGUUUGCAAGCAUAGCGAAACCACACAGCAAGGAUGACUUUGAUAGACCCAUUUUCACUUGGCUGUUGCACAUUGCAAGACAAGGCCAGGGUUUGACCAGGCUUGCAGCCAUAAAGGUGGUGGCAUCAUUAAGCCUGCUGCUCGAAGACUAUCCUGCUUUAGUUACAGUGGAUCACAAAGCACGAGAAAAGACCUUUUCUCUCCUCCUAAUACCAUUGGUGGUCAGAAUGAUAGAGGAUGCCGAUAAUACAGUUCGUAAGCAUAAGGGGCAACAGGAUUUGGUCGAAGCCAGAAAAAUUUUGCCGGACGCACUGCUUGUACUAGGCAGAAUGAUCUGUCACAGCCCAAGUCUGCAAAGAGCAGCGGUGGAUGCGAAGUCGAUUCCAAUGAUAUGCGAGAUUCUCAAGAAUACAUUUGAUUCGAUGCAGACAGUUACCAAGCCGAUGUGGAGAUCGGACCCCUCGGAGGGAGCCUCAGAUGAUCUUUCAGUAGAUCCUACAUCGUCGACAUUGGGCGAUACUGGUCUUUCUCUCGAGUUUAGCCAUGCCCUGAUGGUACGGUUGGCAGCUCUAGAGGCCUUGGCUUCCAUUGCAAACAAAGAAGAUGAUUACAGGAAAGCCAUCAUCGAAGCUGGAGUAAUGCCUUGUGUCACGAAUGCUUUGGUCCCAUUCCAGGAUGGUCUUCCACCAUCGACAUUGAAAGUAGGUCCAAAAGACGGGAACCCUACGGCAGUGCUGAUCAGCGCCUGCAAAACGGCGACAGCGAUGUCGAGAUCAGUGGGAAUUCUUAGGACAAGCCUGAUCGACUGCGGUAUCGCAAUGCCAAUCAUGAAUCUUCUACAGCAUUCGGACAUCAAUGUGCAGAUUGCUGGCACGGAGGUACUCUGCAAUCUCAUGCUUUUUUUCAGUCCGAUGCGAGAUGGCCUUCUUCAGUCAGGGGCAUUGAAAACACUCUGCCGAAACGCUCAUUCAGCGAACAAGAAAAUGCGACUUCUCUCGCUAUGGGCUCUAAAGCAUGCUGUUAUGCAAUCAGACGAUGGAACCAAAAUCCGUUGUCUCGAUGAGCUUGGGACUGGCUGGUUAACUCAGGCUCUGACUGGUGAUUCGAGCGACUCCGCAAACAGUGUUUCGGGUCACUCGAGGCUGAACACACAGCUAGGCAUGGGUACUUCCAAUGCCGCUGGCGAGCAAGUAGACAUUUUGAACACUCCUGACGAGUCUUCGAUGGAUAUCGACGACGACGACGAAGUUAGCUCAGAUGGAGAGUCCGGUCGUCACUUUGGUGAUCCUGCCAGAUUAGAUCCUAGCUCUCGUCUUCUGCCACCUCCUCGACAAAUUCAGUUUGAGACCGAAGCGGAGCUUAAGAGGAGGCAGAGACUCAUUAAAACCUAUGAAAUGGACCCGGCUGUUCGUGCUAGGAAAAUUGAAUUACAAAUCCAGGCACAGGCACUCGACUUCAUUCGAAAUAUUAUCGGUGACGCCAAAGGCAAUUAUGAAUUGAUCGACCACAUCCUUCAAACCAUUACUCCAGGUCGAUUUUUCGACAUACUGACUGCCAAACUGCGUCCGCCAUCAUCUAAUGCCUUAUCGCUUGAAGUCAGCAAGUCGACUUCACAACGAGAGAACCUAGCCCCUCCGAACGAACAAACUCCUGAGAUUCUUCUCUCAACUAUCCAAGUACUCGUCCACAUCGCCAACGGUCGCCCCUCCCAAAGAUCCCUCCUCAUUUCUCACAGCACCUUACUCACGCUGUUACUCCCAUACUUCAGACACCCAAAUCCUGAAAUUCGGGUUGCGAUGCUUUGGCUGAAUAAUAACCUCACGUGGUUAGACGACUCUGGUGAGGCAUCCUCGGCGCGCCAACGCGCACUGGAUCUGAGGAAUGCAGGUUGGGAGAAUGCGGUCAAGGGGCUCGUUGCAGAUGGUAUGGGCAAUCUCGACUGCAAAGAGAGAGCUAAGACAUGCAUGCAGCAGUAUCAUGUACUUUUGAAUGAGAAUCGAGGGACCGAGAGUGUCAUGGGACAAGGGCCUAUGGAGAGAGGGCAUAGAGGAUUGGAGCAUUCUAGACCGCGGUGGGGACAGGAGGGAUCUUCGGGUGCCUGAGCCAUGGGUAUCAUAUUGUUGUUUGUUAUUUGCAUCAGAGGCGUCAGGCGCACCAGACGCAUGUGGCAUACACACCGCCCGAGUACUGGAGGAUCACUAUAUACACUAUUUUUUACACGCGAACACGAGAUUGAGCAGGUAGAUUAGGCUCAAGGAGCCUCCCAUACUCGAAUAGCCUCAGCAGACUACCAUUAUUUCGUCAAACGACCUAAAAUAUAUAUACCAAAGGCUCAUAACCAGUCUUUUAUUCGGAAGCUCCCUGACGGACGAGUUGUGCAUCUAGCUCCCACAACGACUGUCAGCCCUUUUG